CCUUACCGCUGAUUUUUUCAAACUUCAGAGCGUAAACCAUUCCAGAUAUCUCCGCCCCUUUUAACAAUUAUUAGAUAGUGACAUAUGACGUAUGACUUUUUUCAACUUAAUUAUACAUUUUUUUAUUAAACCAGAACGAAUUUAAGAAAAUUUAACGUCCAUUUCGACUUAUUUUUUGACGAUCUUUUCAAAUCUGUUAUUAUUUUUUACGAACGUUAUUUGGUAAAAAAGUUACCUUGCUUUUGACACAUUUGUACAGGAAUCCCUAUGUCGCAUCUUAUAAAUAACACAGUGUAUUUGCUUAUCGAACUUGAGUGCAUAUGAUUCAAGAUAACUGAUAAGAUAUUAGAAUUAAAUUUUUCUGUUAAUGUUCAGUUUAAUGGUAUUUAUUUUAUCGGAUUUAUUUUUAUAAAACAGCUAUGGAGUUAAAGGCGAUUUAUUUGUGUUUAUUUUUACUGUAUGUUCGAAAGGUUUCUAGUUUAAAAUGUUAUACUUGCUCUUGUACAGAAGAUGAUUCGGAUACUACUUGUUUGACCGGUCCUGGUAAAAAGUCGGGUAUGGUAACAGAUUGCGAUAAAAAGUACUGUUACACAGUUAGAGUCGAUUAUAAGGAUCCCAGAGGUAAACUUCAAUCGCUUUUGAGGACCUGCCUUGAUAAACCGGAUUAUAUGCACGAGGUGAUCGAAGACGAAACGCACAGGAGUUAUUACAUGGCGUGUAAAAGCGAUUUGUGCAAUAACGGGAACGGUAGAACGGACGGUAGUGAUCAGGAAAAUGGGGCUUUCGGCGACAAAUCCACCAUUUAUUGUCCUGGUAUCGGUUCCAACAGAAGUUCGGUUAUUAAUGUAAAUAUGUUUAUGUAUGUUGUUAUUUACUUGGCGUAUUGUUGUCUGUAGGUGUAAUUAAAUUAGAAAAUAAAUUUUUGGUUAUUAA